CUACAGUGAGCUAUGGUCGCUACUGUACUGAAUGAUGACCUUUUGCCGCCAACCUCUCCCACAGUCUCAGCCUUGUCGGCGGAAAGCGAGGCCUCGUUUAAAUCAGCUCGGGCUCGAGAGAGGCUGGUUCGACCGCGGGUGGUGGAGUCGUCCGAAAGUCGCCGUGGCUCGCUUCCCCUUGUGCGGAGUUGGUUUAGUAAGGCCGUAAGUGCAAGCUCAGCUACCACCCGUGACGACACACCGGGUAUGUUCGAACAAGUGGUCGUAGUCGCAUUCGCCGUGAUAUCGUCACACUCUGACGCAGCGUUGUGGCAGAAAAAGGUCUAUUGGUAUCUCCUCGCUUUGGCAGCGACGAGCCUAGUGUGCGUUUGUGUUGUGCCCCCCGGAACGGGUUCGAAGCAGACGGGAGUUAUUGCACUACUGGGUUCUGUACCGAGACGAAUAUGUGAUUUCUUUAUGCUACGCUGGCCCUCCAUUAUAGCCACUGCUCUAGCUUACCGAAACCUGGUCUUAGUGGCAUUCCCUAUGAGUCUAGGCUACUACCUCUCUCUGGUCUUCUCAUGCUACCGUCUGACUAUGUACUUUGUCUAUGUGGUAACCUAUCUCAGCUACUCCUUCCCUUUGACUACGCUGCUGCUAUUUCCGUUCACCGUCAUUGUUGGUCCGAAAUAUCUGAGAUGGGUUUUUUUGCUCCUUGGAUGGAGCACUUUAAUUUAUAUCGUCAUCAGCGGGCUCAUAGGAAUGUAUACGGUCAACACAGUCACGCAGAUCCGCGUACCUAGUGUUCUAGCCUGGAGGUUCGAUCACUUUGGUCAGCGCUCCCGCAGGAGGUCUAGCAGGAAACGCGAGCAUGUUGAGAAGCGACCGCAUACUAGAAUAACAACGCCGGCACCGAUCAGGCGGAAAGCUGUUGCUUCGUUGAAGUCCGAGGUGCGGCCCAUCAUUCUUGACAAGCCCUUUGAAGGGGAUCAGAGAGGUCGUUUGGGGUCGUUGACGUCGCAGUCGACAAUAGCAUCAGUUGGUCGAAGUCAGAGUCCGGAUCGCUCCACGCCUGUUGAGAGUCCUAGCUGAGGCCAUUAGAGAGGAGCCCAUUGCACUUUUUUGUUUGUCAUA